AUGGUCGAAAACGAACGUCUUAAUUCUCACUGUUUUAACCAGCAUGUCCUACGUGUCGCACCUUUAAGUAACUUGGCUAAUGCAACAGAAAAGGGAAACGACGAUGCUUCAACCGUGGGAAAUCAUAUUAUUUUGCCCUCUUCAUUUACAGUUGUAUACACAAUAGAGUUUCAGAAAAGAGGACUGCCACAUUGUCAUGUAUGUCUGUUUUUGAAAAACGGUUCAAAGCUACCAACUCCAGAAGACAUAGACCGUGUAAUAUGUUCUGAAAUACCAGACAAGGAACUCGAACUAGAUUUGUAUCAAAUAGUUUGUGACAACAUGCUACAUGGACCUUGUGGAAUUGACCGUGAAUUCAUGCCAUGUAUGACAAAAGGAAAAUGUACUAAACGAUUUCCAAAAGAUUUCAAUGAACAUACCUAUAUCGAUGAGGACGGUUAUGCUGUUUACCGGAGACGCAAGGAUGGAAAUCAUGCACUUAAGAGUGGCAUCCCUUUAGACAACAGAUCCAUAGUUCCAUACAAUAAAGUCCUUAUGAGAAAAUUCCAAGCCCACAUGAAUCUGGAGAGGUGCAACCAGCUUGGAUCAAUAAAGUACCUUUUCAAGUACGUUAACAAAGGACCUGACCGGAUAAGGGCUGGCUUUUUUGAUCCAGAAAAGAAAAAAGAUAAAAACAAACAAGACAGCCACCAUGAUGAAAUAGGUGAAUUUUACAACUGUCGAUAUCUUUUUGCAUGUGAGGCUGCCUGGAGACUUUUUGGGUUUGAAAUUCAUUAUAGACAUCCAUCCGUUGAAGUAUUGUCAUUUCACCUUGAGAACGAACAGCCGGUUGUAUACCAACAAAAUCAACAGCUUAAAAAGAUUUCUAAGCGGAAAUGGACAAAAAGAAAUCAGCAGCCGGCCCUUGGUAGACUAAUUCAUGCAUCUCCAAAAUCUGGACAACUAUAUUACCUACGAAUUCUACUGAACAAAGUAAAGGGUCCUACAAGUUACGACGAUAUUAAGAGAGUUAAUGGUACCUUACAUGAGACUUUCAAAGAUGCGUGCUAUGCACUUGGACUAUUAGACGACGACAGAGAGUACAUUGCUUCGAUAAAAGAAACUUAUGAAUGGGCAACUGCAUCUUAUUGUAGGUCCCUCUUUGUCAUGUUAGUGACAUCAGAUACUUUGUGUAACCCUGAUCAUGUGUUCAAAGAAUCGUAUAAAUACCUUUCUGAUGAUGUGGUUCACGUUCGUCAACGAGAAAUGGGAGUUACAGGAUUGAAGCUUAACCCAAAAGCAAUUUUCAAUUUGACCUUGUCAUACAUUGAGACAUUGUUAUUAAGCUCAGGAAUGAGUUUGAAAGAUAUACCAAACAUGCCAAUGCCGGAUGACAGAUACAUAGCAGAGUCAUGUAAUAUGUUAAUCCAAGACGAGCUCAACUAUGAUCCACCUGCUAUUGAAGUUGAGCAUAGAGAUUUGUAUGCAAAUUUAAUAGAAGAACAACAAAAUAAGACGUUAGCAGCAGCUAUUAGAUCUAAAGGUGAGAUAGUCAUCAAUGUCGCUUCAAGUGGAAUUGCUGCACUGUUACUUUCUGGGGGCAGGACUGCCCAUUCAAGAUUUGCAAUCCCUAUUAACUUGAAUGAAGAUUCUUUUUGUUACAUUAAGCCAGAUAGCGACCUUUCUGAACUCUUGAAUAAGGCAAAACUUAUCAUCUGGGAUAAAGCUCCAAUGAUGCAUCGUCAUUGUUUUGAAGCAUUUGAUAGAACACUAAGAGACAUAAUCCGUUCACCAUACAAAUAUAGACCAUAUGGAGGAAAGACAGUUGUAUUUGGCGGCGACUUUAGACAAAUUCUUCCGGUGAUACCAAAAGGUAAUCGAACAGAUAUUGUCAAUGCUUCAAUGCAUUCAUCAAGAUUGUGGCGAGAAUGUACUGUUUUACGCCUGACAGUUAACAUGCGAUUACAGAUUGGUUGUCCAUCCGCCGAGAUAGCAGAGGCUAAACAAUUUGCAGAAUGGAUUCUUAAGAUAGGUGAAGGAAAACUCGGAGGCAACAACGAAGGUGAAGUUAUUGUUGAAUUCCCAGAAGAUGUUAUAAUUCCAUCUACAGGAGAUCAUAUUAAGGCAAUUACAUCAGCAAUUUAUCCAGAUUUCAAGAUCAUCUAA